CUUGUCCCUCUGAGGCUUCCUUCCCGGUACUUGUUGACGUAGGGGGGAAUCCGCCAUAUUGUCUCUGAUACAGCAGAAAUCGCACUUCACAGGGCACAUACCGGCGACUGUCCCAAAUUUGACCAUUACAGUUGACAACUGAUCUUCUGGGGGUCUUGGUCUCUCACGGGGGAUCUCCUCGAGAGCAGUGAUGUUUUGGGGCUGUCGCUGGGCAACACAGACUUUCAUCUCCCUCCAAAGAUUUUCUAUGGGGUUGAGAUCCGGAGACUGGCUAGAUCUGGCUGAAUCAUUUUGACCCCAUGGGUUGAUUUCUUCACACCGAGCUGCUCACCUAUUGCAGAUUCAGUCUUCCCAGCCCGGUGCAGGUCUACAAUUUUGCUUCUGGUGUCCUUGGACAGCUCUUUGGUCUUGGCCGUAGUAGAGUUUGGACGGUGACUGUUUGAGGUUGUGGACAGGUGUCUUUUAUACCGAUGAGUUCAAACAGGUGCCAUUAAUACUGGUAACGAGGAGAGGCCAGAGGAGCCACUGAAAGAAGAAGUUACAGCGACGACCACGUGCCCCUGGUGCCCCCUCCCUUGUCCUCAAGUAACCCCUCCCCCAUACCCCUUCCCUUUUUUAAUCAAACUCCACAUCCCAUACCUUCCCUCCUACCUCUCCCUUCCUGAGCCUUCCGCUGCUGAGGGAAUCCACCACCCACUCUGCCAAGCUGUCGGACAUGUCAGGACCUGUGCCAAGCCGGGCCAGAGUGUACAAUGAGGUCAACACUCACCGGCCGAGGGAGUACUGGGACUAUGAAUCCCACGUUGUGGAAUGGGGUAACCAAGAUGACUUUCAGCUGGUGCGAAAGCUAGGCCGUGGCAAAUAUAGUGAAGUCUUCGAGGCCAUCAACAUCACCAAUAAUGAGAAGAUUGUAGUAAAGAUCCUCAAGCCUGUGAAGAAAAAGAAAAUAAAGCGUGAGAUCAAGAUUUUGGAGAAUUUACGAGGAGGCCCGAAUAUUAUCUCCCUUAUAGACAUUGUGAAAGACCCUGUGUCUCGUACACCUGCCUUGGUCUUUGAACACGUUAACAACACUGACUUCAAGCAAUUGUACCAAACUUUGACAGAUUAUGACAUCCGGUUCUAUAUGUACGAGAUCCUUAAGGCUCUGGACUAUUGCCACAGUAUGGGAAUCAUGCAUAGAGAUGUCAAGCCGCAUAAUGUGAUGAUUGAUCAUGAACACCAUAAGUUACGUCUUAUUGACUGGGGCCUUGCCGAAUUUUACCACCCAGGACAGGAGUACAACGUCAGGGUCGCCUCACGCUACUUUAAAGGACCAGAACUCUUGGUGGACUAUCAGAUGUAUGACUACAGUCUGGAUAUGUGGAGUUUGGGGUGUAUGCUGGCCAGCAUGAUCUUCAGGAAAGAGCCUUUCUUCCACGGCCAUGACAACUAUGACCAGCUGGUGAGAAUAGCCAAGGUCUUGGGAACAGAAGACCUAUACGACUAUGUCGAUAAGUACAACAUUGAGCUAGAACCUCGUUUCAACGAUAUACUUGGAAGGCAUUCCCGCAAGCGGUGGGAACGAUUUGUUCACAGUGAAAACCAGCAUCUGGUCAGUCCAGAAGCUCUGGAUUUCCUUGAUAAGCUGUUGCGCUAUGAUCACCAGACCCGCCUGACUGCUCGUGAGGCCGUGGAUCACCCUUACUUCUUCACCAUUGUGAAGGACCAGUCUCGCGGUGGAGCUGGAGUCGCCAACCUACCCAGUGGGAACCCAGCUGUUAGUACUGCCAGCAUUAUCACUGGUAUCUCUGCCUUGCCAGCUUCCACUGCCCUGGGCCCGCUCAGCGGCUCGCCUGUCCUGUCUGCCGCCACCAACGCCCUGAGCUCCCCGCUGCCCGCUGCCGCCGGAGCACCCCAGUGACACCCUCGUCAAAUCCGGACGGAGACGGACGGGUGCGACUCUACCAGCUCUCGCUCCAUCUGAACUUGUGGCCAAACCUCCUCAAAAGCUUAUUCUUUAUUUUUAAAGUAUGUUCUUCCUCUUCUCAUAUAAACAUUCUCUUGUAACAUCUGAAAUGUUCUCCGUAGCUUACAUGCACUGAUAUUCAUUUCUACUAUUCUAUUCAUUUCAUCCCCCUUCUUGGUGAGAGACCACACCAAACUCGCACACUGUUCUGGACUGCUGGAUGCGGCCCAGUACAUCGAUUUCUUGCGAAAUGCUGCUUUCUAGUUUCUUGCGUUACUUCAAGACAGAACCAAAGUUUCCCCCCAAUUCAUUGGAAAGAAUGACGGAGCAAACCUGGUUGGAUUUCUCGAUAGAUAAACACUGGGGGUGUUUUUUCUUCAUGCAAAUAAUUUGCUCAUUAACUCUGGAGAGAGAGCAGAGUAAUAAGAGAAUCGUGGCCAACCCAAGAGGAGGAGUUGUGUUGUCCUGUAGAUUUGGAUGAUGUGGAGUUGCUGUUUGAGACGAAAACGGAAUGCUUUUGAGUCCUGGUUAAGUGCAUAGACUUUCCAAAGUAACAUAAGGCACUGGAGAAUAUGUUGGUGCAAAUGUAUCCUGCCCAAAUCUGUUUUACCAAAACCAAGAGUUUUUAUGCGCGGCAGGCGAGGACUUUGCGUUUGUUUUGCGCCCCUGCCCCCGAUGUGUCAAAACCCUCAUGGGUUAAGGUUGACAGCGUGAGUAUUCAGAGCAUUUUGUUCGAAGGAUUCUCGGCACGUGAAUGAAAUGCUGUUUCAAUUUGGGAAAAAAGGGGUAUCAAUCUCUGUGUUUGUGUGUCACGAUUUGGAAGUGUAAGUUUGUGACCCUGCUGUGUCCAUCUUUUGGAGACAUGAAAAUGCAAGUACAUCACAAAGCGUGUACAUUGACUCCCUAUACCACUGUAUAUAUUUGUAUGUCCUUAUGUAGAAGACUAGUAUUUGCAAAUAUUUCUGUAAAUAAACAUUUGUAUU